GAACAGCCCUCUGAACCUGGCUGGCAUGGCACUCGAGCGUUACAUUGCUGUUUGCCGACCUCUUCAUCACGUCCAGAUCUGUACUGUGCAGCGAGCCUACGCUCUCAUUGCACUGAUCUGGCUAGUCUCCUUCAUCCCGGGCCUCUCAGAUGUCAUCAUCCUCCUCGCCACUCAGCCCCUCUCUGUCUUUGCAAAGAGUGUCCUCUGUCACUAUUCCUCCGUGUACAACACACCGUACCACAGAGCACAAAGUGCAGCUGUCCAGAAUGUCUUCACGUGUUCCUCUCAGGUCCUUUUGUUUACCUUCGUCUUCCUGACUGUGAUCAUCACCUACCUGAAGGUCCUCUGCACGGCCCGGACAGUUUCUGGUUCUAAUCAGGCCUCGGCCAGAAACGCCCGCAACACUAUCCUGCUGCACGGAGUCCAGCUCUUCCUCUGCAUGCUGUCAUUCAUCUCUCCCUUCAUCACUGUCACUUUAAUCACAGCCUGGCCCCUUGAAACCACCAAGAUCCUUUUCUCUGGCUUCCUGUUGACCAAUGUGCUUCCACGUCUGCUCAGUUCGCUCAUCUACGGCGUCAGAGACAAGAAGUUCAGCAGCCAAGUCAGGCAGCACUUCUUCUGUAAAGGCUGCAGCUCUGUAGAAAACACCUAAUAGUAGGAGCCCUCAGAAGGUCCAAACGUGUGUUAC